AUGGCCGAAGAAACUACUGAUUUUAGUCAAUUCGAAGAGGAGAGAAACAACGAUCAAUAUAAAGUUUCAGCCAAAAAAACCGUUGAUGAAUACAAAAACCUGGAUGCCGAAGAUGAAUCAUUGGCGAAAUGGAAAGAGUCUUUGGGUCUAAGUUCUGACAUUUUACCGUUGGAAUUUCCCGGUGACAAAAGGAAAGUGGUUGUUCAAAAAAUUCAACUAUUAGUCAACACAGAACCAAAUCCCAUCACAUUUGAUCUUACCAACGAAAAGACAAUCAAAGAACUGGCAUCCAAAAGAUAUAAAAUUAAAGAAAAUUCUAUUUACAAGUUGAAGAUUGUGUUCAAAGUUCAACAUGAAAUUAUCACGGGGUUACGAUAUGUCCAAUAUAUCAAGAAAGCGGGCAUUGCUGUUGACAAAAUAGACGAUCACUUGGGAUCUUAUGCUCCUAAUACCAAGACCAAACCAUUUUAUGAGGUGGAGCUACCGGAAAGUGAGGCUCCUAGUGGGUUCUUAGCAAGAGGCAACUACAGUGCCGUAUCGAAAUUCAUUGAUGACGAUAAAACUAACCAUUUGACUUUAAAUUGGGGGGUGGAAAUUGUCAAAAAAUGA